CUUCUCUCUUCCUCUGCGCGCUCUUCUCCCUCCCUCCAUCCCUUCUCCGCUCCGCUUUGUCUGUUUUCAUCCCCAACACCCACGUUCAUGGCGGGACCACAGAAUCCGCUUUGUAGUUCCAGGGGUGCUCACUGGAGGUCAGGUUGAUACAGCGAUUGAAGCUGUAGCGUCGAGAGCGCUGUGUUCGUCCUGGGCGCUUUGGCAUCCACCUCGUUCGGCGGGCAGAGCCGGGCGAGCUUGCUCAGCAACGAACCGGCAGGCCGGCAUGAAUCAUGUGGAAAGCACAAUUACGCAGGCGUACUGCGUAGAAACAUUAAUGUUUAUAAUUGUAAAUGUUCUUGAUAAGACGAUUUAUAACAGCAUACAUAAAAUAUAUUUCAGAGGUAUUUGUAAACAUCAUUUAAAAACAGCGCCUAAGGACAACAAUUCAUUCUUGCAUUGUUAUUCACGUGUCAAACUCGAAUCGAAAAUGACGGAGAAGUCAAACCAGUGUAUAAACUUGACAUACGUAAUUUAAUUAAGUAACAAUUAUUUCGUAAUUAUUCGUUUUUUGAUAUUAUCGCGGUCUGUGCAAAUGUAAAUAUGUUGAUAUUUCCUCUUAACGUUUUUAUUAUUAACAAUUAUGUGUUCGAGAAGGGUUCACCCUGAAGUGUUGGUUGCAUGUCAGGUUGAAGUGGCCUGAGUAUUUGAUUCUACGUCCUUGGGGAAAAUUGUACAUAGGACAAUGUCAUUGUUUAAAGAGGAAUUGUGAUCUCUUUAUCAUGAGGACCACAUUUAAGUUGUUUGUUGUGUGUGGCCUUGCGUGUUUAUGGAUUGUGUUGACUCUAACGGGAGUCGUGGAGUACCCCGAAAUCUUUAAGGAGAUGGCAGGUCAAACUAAGGAAAUUAACUGGAAAACAGUUGAUUUAUACAACAAACCACUUCCAGAAACCAUCAAAAGUUCAAAGGGCAAUGUUGCAGUUGCAACAAAAACUAUAAUAGUUGAAAAUAUCAAAGUAUUUUAUCGUGAAGCCAUUCCACCUGAAGGUGUCUCAGUAUCAGGACAGUCAGUACUCCUUCUUCAUGGUCGAGCCUUUUCUUCAGAAACAUGGGAAAAAUUAGAAACACUUAACAUAUUGGCUGCCUUAGGGCAUCGUGUAGUCGCUGUGGAUUUGCCAGGUUAUGGAAACACCAAGGAAAAAUUCAUUGGAAAUCGUGCAGACUUUAUGGUUUCUCUUUUUGAUGCUUUAUCUUUGAAGGAUGCUCAUCCUGUACUAGUGUCACCAUCAAUGAGUGGAGAGUAUUCUGUUGUGUUUUUGAAAGACCAUUCAAAUAUGAUAUCUGGAUAUGUGCCUGUUGCUCCUGUUGCAACUAAUUCUUUAUCUCAUUCAGAGCUUCAAAAAGUGGUGGUUCCAACACUUAUUGUGUAUGGCAGUGAAGACAACACUGGUCUUGCUGAAGCAUCUUUGCAAAAUCUACAAGUAUUACCAAACAGCCGUGAAAUCAAAAUUGAAGGAGCAGGACAUCCUGCUUAUCUGAAUCAACCUGCUGUCUUCCAUAAAUUGUUGCAUAAUUUUCUUCAGCUUCUGAAAUAAGUCAGAAAAUAGCCAUAUUUUGAUAUUUUUGGCAUAUUUUCGUAGUCUGACAAUUGACAAAUGUUAUGGGUUGGAUAUGGUGCUGUCCAUAAACAAUUAGAAUGAAGGUGGUAGAAAUUUGAAUAGAAAUCUGUGUAAAGAUUCUUCAUUACUCCUUGGAAUUUUUUAUUGUUAAAGCAAAGUUUAUGUAGUUUGUUUUGUUAUUUGUUCCAUGAAGUGUUUGCUAAUUUUGUAAAAAUGGAUUUUGUUUACAUAUUCCAGUUUUUGUUUUAUUGUGGUUUUUACUUAGUUAUUAUUUGAUUUGGUUUUAUUUUAGUUUUCAUAUAUUAAUUCAUAAGAGUGUAGAUUCAUUUGCCUUUUUUCCAUUCUUUGUAAGACUUUCACCAAAUAAUACUUUGAGGCAACUGACAUGAAAUUUAAAAGAUACAAAUGUAUUUUUUCUAAAAUGCAGGAUUAUUUUUUUUCAGAAACGAAAGUGAAAUAUUGAGUGUUCUAAAUAUUUUAUUUAGUAGAAUAGCUCCAACAACUAGAGCCAUUUAACCCAUCCCAUCUAUUGCUGAGGGAAACAUAAUAAUAUAUUCUUUCUCUAUUCAAUCCUAUUGAAUGCCUUCAUUUUGUCAGAUUCCACGAGAGAGUGAUGUCAGAUAAGUUGAUCAGUUGAUUUAAAAAUUGAAGCACUGUUAUGAUGGCUGGCUUGAUACGCAAUGAACUUUUCCCUACAUAACUUGAUAUACUGACAAGUCCCAUUGAUCAAAUUGUGUUGUAUUGCAUGAAAGUAAUUAUUCAGAAUAAUGAUAAACAAGUUUAAAAGUUUUUGCUUGUGGGUGAUAGUAUUUCAAAAGAGUCAUGCCCAUUUUACAAGUUUCUUCAGUGAAAAUCAUUACCCUUUGUGAGGUCUUUUAUUGGGAAAAUAUUGCAAUAUUGUGUUGGUUAAAACCAAAUACUAGGGCUUAAAUAUUUGUAAUGUUUACAAAUUCUCUUUCUGAAGAAGAAAGACAGACUAGUUAUUAUUUAUGGACAGAACCAAUAUUUCCAUUAUACAGAAUCAAAUUAUGUACAGAAAAUCCUACCUUUGUUAAGAGGACCAAAUAAUUUAAAUUCAUUGAAACUGCAAUAGUUUCUCAUGGUUGUGUUUUGAUAUAUUUAAUAUAGAUAGUUACUACUAGAAUUUUUUCAACUUUGAAAUCUGCUGGCAUUGCUGGUUGUUCUUUAUUAUCUCUCUCCAAAAAUAAAAGUUCUUUUUUGUUUUUAUAUAAAGAAAGCACUUCUGAUAAUAUAAGACUGGAAAUAUUUUAUACAAUUUUAAAAGUCAAAAUGCAGUAGUGCUUGGUAAUUUGAUAUUAGCUAUGUCUUCAAAUUUGAACAUUUCCUUGACUAUCUUCCCCCUGAACGUUUAUCUAGUAUUGUAGUUUAUUUGAGAUAAGUAGAUCCAACAGAAUUUUACUUUUAUUCCUCAUUCAUGAUUUUUAUUGAAUCAUAUGAGGAUUUUAUGACAAGACCUUGAGUAAAUAAUUGAUUUUUAAAUUUUUUAUCAAAAUUUGAUGUGAAAAGCUUAAAAAAUUUGAAUGAAGAGUACAAGUUUGAAAUUGAAAAGCUACAAUACUCAUUAAGUCUUGGUUUAUAUUGAGAGAAUGUUACUCUGUUGUGUCUACAGAUUUCUGAAAUACUCAUAAAACAUCCAAUAUCCUCUUAGAAAAAAAGAGGUAUGUAUGAAAUGGUGUAGGAAUAUAUUGUAAAUACCAAUUUUAGUCAAAAUUAAAACUUUUGAAGGUGAUAAAUUAAGCUAAUAUAUGUUUUCAUAAAAGUUUAUACUUGAGUGAAAGUUUUGUACUCUUUUUAAACAUUUGCUAAUGAAAUAUGAGAGGCACAUUUUGAAUACUUUGUUGCUGAGAACUGUGAAGUAUCUUUAAGAAAUAUUCUUCCAUGCCAUAAUUUACAACAUGCUUAUCUUAGAUUGUUAUCAAUAUCUCUUUGAGACGACUUCCCUCUUUAAAAAUUAUGUACAUACUUCAUAAUAUGAAAAUAAUUUCAACUAAAAAUGUACAAUAUCCAAAGGAUGAUUUAGUAGUAUUUUUCAUGUGAGUAUCGCUAGAUUAUAUUCAUAUGUGCAAUGCAUAUACAUAAGACUGUAAUAUGAUUAUCUUUUGUUUUGCACUGCUGGUGGAUAAAAUUGAAUGGCUUUAUGCAUCAAGCAGCCAAGGAACAUUUCCUACCUUUUGCAGAAUAAAAAAUAGAAUGUUUAAAAAUCCUGUUGAUGGAAUUUUGUUCACUAUUGAAUUUGGUGGAAUGGUUGAUUUUGAUGGAAUUCUGUUCACUAUUUCUUAUCGAUCUAGAAAUUAUCAAGAUUUUAUGUAUAAAGAAAAAGUGCUGAUAUUUUGCAUAGGAUUAGUUCAUCCUCAAACACAUCAGGGACAAUAAGAUUAUUGAGCACUGAAACUAUUACUGAGCAAAUUGGCACAGAGUUUACUGAUAUUUAAUGCCAUUCAAUUACAUAUUAAAAACAUGUGAAUUCACUAAAUAGGUUAAUAAUGUCUAUGUUUGAGCAGUUGAGGUUUAUUGAUUCUCAUUGUUUGAAAAAGUAUAAUAUAGUGACUUUUGUAAAGGAAGGGUAUUGAGUGCAUUUUCAUCACUUAAGGGGAUAGGUUCCAUUAUUGUGAAGGGAAUUUUGAUGAUUUUUAGAAUAUCAUUUAUGUAUUAAUGUAGCAUUUUAUACUCAAAGUUAGGAGUGUUUUUUUAGCAGUCUUCACAUUAGAAGAAAAGGAUGUUUGAAUAAAAAAACAAGAGCAAGUAUCAUAUUUUUAAUUUGAACCGUACUCUUCCAAAAAUGUUGCCAUUUACUGUUUCCCUAGAAAGACUACUUUUAAUUUUUCUUAAUUGAACAAUGUAAGAAUAAGAAAAAACUUAUGUACAAGAUUUAUAAGGGUAUUUAUGGUGGUAAAUUACAACCUUUUUUUCUCAUUUCUCAUUGAGAAACAGCAGUAAAUUAAAGUGUAUGAUAGUGUAGGUCUGAUCUUAGUCUUCACAUUUCAUAGAUAAACUUAGUGCUUUAGUCAUAUGACUUGGUGGAAGAUGUGUUGCAAAACUCUGAUUUGGAGUUGCAAUUAAGAUGGCGCUAGUUUAAUUAUUAUGUAUAAUAUUUAAAUACAGUUGCUGAUGGCAGCCCUGAGCUCUAUGGAAUUUCAGAAGAGGCAUUGAUACUUUACAAAUGGAAAGGAUUGCAUUUGUCUGUGCAAUUGUCUGUGUUUGUGCAGUUUCACAAUUGUAUUUCAAUGAACAAACAUGUACAUCAGCUACAUCUUAGUAGCCGUAGGCAUCAUGUAGAUGACAUUUUUAUUAAUAUGAAAUAUUCGUUAGAAAAUGAAGCUAAAUAAUAUCUCUCUCCAAUUGUAUGUAAUAGAAGAGGGAUUCCAACCAACAAAAGUAGAGUGUAAUAAGGAGGGUUCAGACGAUUGGAUAACACUCAGGAAUCAAGUCAAAGAGACAUUAGGCGUAGAAAAUCCUGUGAUUAAUGAAAUCGAGUUUAUCAAACAUUUGGGAUAAAAAACUUCAAAUUCUGAAAGAUUUACAUAAAAAGAAACAACCAUCUUUAUUUUCCUUGUCAUACCCAUGAUGUUAAGCAAUGGUUUUUAAUAUGAUCAUAUUAUUAAUAGAUGCACUAACUUCAAGAUAAAAAUUACAUUUUUUUAAAAGUGUUGUACUCUGGAUUUGAGUUGAAAAGUUAUCUCAAAACAAUUUUAUAAAAUAUGCAAGAAUGCACUUUGGAGAGAAGGUGGACUGUGGGGAUUUCACCAGUGCAGAAAUAAAUAGCAUUAUCACCAUUUAAAAUAUUUGUAAAUUGAGAAAUGAUCCAAUUAUAAUUUUGAAAUUAUAUCAUGGAGAUUCAAGUGCAUGGGAAUUUUUAUAUUUGCGUUUUGAAAAAUGUUUUAUUGAGCCUAGAUAACUGUACCUUAGAAACUAUACAAUUUUUUACUUUGUGUGUGAGAAAGUGGUACACAAUUGUACUUGUUACGAAAAUCGUUGUUUUCAUACAUGGUAGGGAAUAAUGUGUGUUUGUCAGUGUAAAAAAAACUUUAAAACUUGAAUAAGAAGGCUGUAAUCAGAUAAUAUUACAAGGACAUCUCUGGUGAUGUUUCUGCCAUUUGGUACUCAAAUCAGGAUUUACAAAUUAAACAUUAUUUUCAUUUUUCCUUUUGCUCGCCAUUGGCGUUCAUCCCUAUGUAGCUAGUUAUGGGCUCCAUUUUAGGUUCAAAAUAGUAUAUCACUAUUACAGUAUGUGUUCCUGAACCUGAAUUAUAGUAUUAUAUUUUUAUGACCCUGAAUUUUCCUGAAGAUAUCAAACAAGAAAACCUUGACACAGGUUUUCAUUGGAGAAUUAUGCUUUAAAAGAAAAAUCAAAUUCUGAAAUCUUUUCAAUUAUGUUAGGAUUAAAUAAUCUCAAAAAUGAUUGGAUUUUGUUUCAGAGAAUUCAGUGUGAAAGCUCUUGGAGAAUGUUGUGUAUUGAACUGCAGUUUUUAAAUAUAUUGCAUUUGGUUAGUUUGUUUUUGCAUAAAUGUGUAAGUGUUCCUUUUACCAAAACAUGUGGAAGUGAAGGAAAGGAUUCGUGGAAGUGCAAUCUUGGUGAUAAUAUAAUAUGAUGAAGGUGAUAAUACUUUCUCUUAAUUAUUUGAAGAGAAAAUAGCAUACAUGGGAAAAAAAGUUCGUAGUGUUUGUUUAAUGCAAGGUUUUUUGUGACCUCAUUAGUAAGAAGAAAAAAUAUCUCAAACCAUUUUCACCACUGUGCAAAUAUCUUCAAUGUAAUUAUAAAAGAUUACUAUACUCCUGUAGUCCUUGAAAUGUGUUUCUUUAAAGUAGAAGAGAAAUGUGGAGAAAUAAAGUAUUCUUCACAGAAGGUAAUCUGAGGUGUAUUAUUGCAUUACAUUUAUCAUUUAAAAGGAAAUGUUUUGGGAAGUUAUUAUUGUCUCAGUGUUUUAAUACUUAGUGUUACUUUCUUAAAUGUGGUUUGUUUAUCAAUUCUAAUAAAAGCUAAAUGUGAAAUAAAACACAUUUAGUGGAAUCUUAUUAGCAGGCUUUUCAAGGGACCAAAAAUGUUGAAUGUCAUAAGCAGGAAAACAUGUUAUGUAAAAAUGCUCAAUUAAUACUUUUCUCAUUUCCUACUUCUGAUCGCUGUAACUCUGAAGAUAAAUUAAUGUAAGUGUUAAUAACACACAUUUACACUUGUGAUAAUUUAAUUGCAACUAAUAUACUGAUUAAAAUUAAAUUUCACGCAAAUAAUUCACAAACACAAAACUAUUAAUAUUAUCCCAAUUAAAAACAACAAAUUAGCAUCCUGAAUCUUUCAAAUUUGAAGUAACAAAUUUAAUCCUUUAUGUUUCGUCAUGUUUUCAGGCCAAGUAGCAUUUGGUUUAAUUGGCAAAUAAUCCACAAUAUGCUGAAAUCAAUGCACAUUGAAGAUUCUUCUACACCACAAAAAUUGCAAUUCACAUCACUGAAACAAAGACUGUGCUCAGCAAGAUGGAUAAAUUCAUGAAUGAUUACAUAAGGGGAAUUAGGACUUAAAAAUAUGGAUAUGGAAAAAUGCAAACCUAGUUUUUUAAGUGGAAAUUUAUUUUUUAUUGAUUAAAUGCUUCCAUUGUUGAAAAGAUGCCACUUUUUAAUCACAUUUGAGACUUUUUUUGAUCUUCAGACAGUGUGGUUUAAUAGAAAUAAAGUGAACUAUGAAAUUAACUCAUUGAAAUUUUUGUUAAUUUUUGGAAUAACAGUAAAUAUUCCUUUUCUGACAACUGAAUUUGUAAUUUUGAUUUCAUUGAUCAUCUAAUCAUAGCCUGAAUAUUACAUAUGGAAGUUUCACACAUUAAAAUUAAGUAAAGAGUUGGUAUUGUUAGUGCUUGAAAGUCAGUGAGAUGUACAAAACACUGGUACAAGGGGAAUGAAAUCAUUUAAUAUAAGAGCAAUAAUAAAAAUAGGUAUAAAAUGGAUUACAUUAUUUGUUUAAUUAGACUGAAUUUUCUUACAACUGUGUAUUUUUUGAUAUAGCUAGCAAGCAAGCUGGUGUGGGUGAUGUUGAGUAAUGACAUUUGUGCUCUGAAAGUGUUAUUUGAAGAGGCAGAGUGCUUUGGCACUCUCUGACUUCUUUAAUUUUUAGUGUUGGGCACUUUUACUUUUUAGGGAGAGAUUAAAAUUAUGUUCUUUGCCGUUAAGAGAAUUAAUUUAAUUUUCAUUCUUUAACAUUUCUGGUUCUAUGUUCAGUUAAGAGAAAUAAAGUUCUGAAAUUGCCUAAUGUCACAGUAAUUGCUUCCAAUAGUGUACUUUUUUAACAAUCAUUAAAACAAGUUAUGAGAUAAAAUGUGAUUUUUGUACUUUUCUGAUACUAAUGUUAUAUGUUAAUGUGUUUUCUUCACAAAGUUUUAGUGAACAUGUAAUUGUCACUAUACAUGAGUGAUUUUAAUAAACACGUGAACUUCCUUUCAUUCAGAAAGGUUGUUAAUAUCAGUGUGUAUCAAUAAAAAUAAAUAGAAAAUAAAAUUCAAAAACAGAAAUAAGUAGACAUUGAAAUUAUACUGUACGUAUUUUGUUGGUGUCAGUGUAUAAAUAAAAUUGUUUAUGUC